AUUGUCACGUUUGAGAUAUUUGCAGAAUCGGAAGAAUGGGUUUUUCGGUGGCUCGUCCAUGAAAACCGAUUGUUUUAUUUCUUCUAUUUUGUCAGACGAAGCUCAAUAGUCACAGUUUGUCCGAGCUGCAGCAAUGGCGGAAAAAGGUGGAAAAGGAUUUUCAGUACCGAAAGAACGGAAGAUUUCAUCGAAAUCCCCCAGUAAGAAGGGAGCUUCACUGAAAGGGAAGGAUAGCUCAUCAAAGAGGGGAAGGAAGAAGGUUCACUUUGAGACUUCGGAUUCUGAAGAUUCACCAACAGCAGGGAUCAGAAGUUCAUCAAAAUCAGGUGGCAAAAUCUCGUUUGAGAGCCCUGUUGCUAAAGGAGAUAGCAGCAAAGGGGGGAAAAGUGAUAAAACAGGAAAGACUGGUGGCAAGGGCACUGUGCCAAAGGAACCAACUGUUCUAGAGUUGAAAACUGAAGAAGAGCUUCCAAAGGAUGCAAAAUGCCUGAUGGAUUGUGAGGCAGUAGCCCGUUUACAAGGAAUCCAGGAUCAGCAAGCCGUUCUGUCUCAGGACCCAGCUUUUAAAAUGCCAGUAUCAUUUGACAAAGGCCUGCUGUAUGCCAAAGCUAGUAACCAUUAUAUGAGUCAUCAGUCUGUGAGACAAGUCCUACAGAAACUCAAAAGACACGGCAUCUCUGAUGGCGAGGUUUGGAGCACAACACAAAUGAUAUGCAUGAUUGCUAACAUUUGCCCUGAAUCGGUUGAUGAAGUGUUUGCUCUUGUUCCAUCUUUGAAGGCCAACAGGCGCAAGAUUGAGGAACCCCUCAAAGAUGUAUUUUAUGAAUUAGCCAAGUGUAAAAAACUCGAUUGAAUCUUUGAUGACAUUAACAGAUCCUGUUUUUUGGUAAGCUGUUUCUAACACAAUUUAAAAGAGUUGGGAGGUUUUGCUUGGUCAGUUGGUUGGGCUAUUGAAAUUUGUCUGAUCAGAGCUGAUCGACUCAUCUUGGUUUUCUGGUGGUACUGUACUCUUCAUGAGAUUUAAAGUGAUCCAUGGAUGUUAAUUGUUGAAA